UUUAUUCUUGUGCUCCAGCUCAGCAUUCGGUGACUCUAAGAAGCUGUUCAACCUGAAAGAAAGCAACUGGCUCUGUGACAUCUACAGUAUCUUGGGGGCAAAAGUAGAGUUGGACUGAAGAGCUAAGGACGUCCCAUGAAAUGGAGAUGACCCACGCAGAAAAAGAAGCAAAUGGAGUAGACAAUCCCACUUUUAUUACUGAUGAUGGUAAAUAUUGUAACUUCACUGAAGAUGGUGCUACAGUUCUAGACUAUGAAGAAAAACCAGAAGACUUCAGCAGGCAAGGUGGUAACAAGCUGGCAUACACUGUCACAGAUAUACCUCCAUGGCAUCUUUGCAUCUUCCUGGGAAUUCAGCAUUACCUGACUGCACUUGGAGGUCUCGUCGCAAUUCCUCUCAUCCUUUCCAAAUCACUUUGUCUGGAGCAUGACACUCUGACACAAAGUCACCUGAUCAGCACCAUAUUUUUCGUCUCAGGGAUCUGCACUCUUCUUCAAGUUAUCUUUGGAGUAAGGCUACCUAUUCUACAAGGAGGAACCUUUGCAUUUUUAACUCCUUCACUGGCCAUGCUCAGUUUGCCCUACUGGAAGUGCCCUGAUUGGACCAAUAAUGCCAGCAUGGUGGAUCCUACUUCCCCAAAUUUCAUUGAGUUAUGGCAGGUUCGAAUGAGAGAGUUGCAGGGAGCAAUUAUGGUAGCAUCUUGCUUCCAAAUUUUUGUUGGCUUUUCGGGUCUCAUUGGAUUCCUGAUGCGGUUCAUUGGCCCUCUGACUAUUGCUCCAACCAUAGCUUUGGUGGCGCUGCCUCUCUUUAGCUCUGCAGGAAAAGAUGCUGGAGAACACUGGGGGAUAGCAGCCAUAACGAUUUUCUUCAUAGUUUUAUUCUCUCAGUAUCUGAAAAAUGUGCCUGUUCCACUACCAUCUUACAAAAAAAGCAAAAAAUGCCAUUUCUCCAAGAUCUACCUCUUCCAGAUCUUUCCAGUGCUGUUUGCUCUCACAAUUACGUGGCUAUUAUGUUUUGUACUGACCAUCACCAACGUUCUCCCUUCAGAUACAAGAACUUAUGGUUAUUUAGCUCGGACUGACAGCAAAGGUGAUGUCAUAAGCAAGGCACCCUGGUUUCGAUUUCCUUACCCAGGCCAGUGGGGAGUGCCCACAAUUAGUUUGGCUGGUGUAUUUGGCAUCAUAGCUGGAGUGAUCUCCUCCAUGGUGGAGUCAGUGGGAGAUUACUAUGCCUGUGCUCGUUUGUCUGGUGCUCCACCCCCUCCCAAGCACGCAAUCAAUCGUGGAAUUGGAGUAGAAGGGAUUGGCUGCCUUCUGGCUGGAGCCUGGGGAACAGGAAAUGGUACCACUUCUUACAGUGAAAACGUUGGAGCUUUGGGGAUCACUCGGGUAGGUAGUAGAAUGGUCAUUGUAGCUGGGGGCCUUGUUCUGCUUUUGACUGGCAUGUUUGGCAAGAUUGGGGCUGUGUUUGCCAGCAUUCCAACACCCAUCAUCGGAGGAAUGUUUCUUGUGAUGUUUGGUAUCAUCACAGCUGUGGGGGUUUCUAAUUUACAGUACACAGACAUGAAUUCUUCAAGAAACAUAUUCAUCUUUGGCUUUUCUAUAUUUGCUGGCUUGACCAUUCCACACUGGGUGGAGAAUAAUGCAGAAAAACUAAAAACAGGAACUGUACAGCUAGACCAAGUGAUCCAGGUACUGCUAACUACUGGCAUGUUUGUUGGCGGAUUCCUGGGCUUUUUUCUUGAUAACACUAUUCCAGGAAGCCAAGAAGAACGAGGACUCCUCGCUUGGAGAAAAGAUUAUAAUGAAGAGUCUGAUGGCGCUGUGAAUAACCUGCACAUCUAUGAUCUUCCAUUUGGAAUAGGUUCCAAAUUCUGUGUUGCUAACUGGUUUAAAUAUCUUCCAGUGUGCCCUAAGCCGCUGGCUACCCAAGGUGCAAAGGAACAGAAGAGUAACAAAGUUGAUUUUGAAAGGAACUCUGAUAAUGAUAUUAACACAAAGGUUUAAAUCUGCAGCAGAAAGGGGGGGGGGGGGAAACCCCGGUUCCCUAAGCUUCUGAAAAAUCAUCUUCCUUUUUGUGGGUUUCGUAGCCCUUGAGUUGUGUGUGGCUCAAGACUAAUGUCCAAAAAACAGUUCCAUUAUUUUCUCUCCCAUCUACCCUCUGCCUCCGACUGCCCAUUCAGAAUCCUGAAUGUCAAUUUCUUUAUAGAAUCAUUUCAGAAAAUCAUUUACUUUAACAAUAGAAGUUAAAAAAAGAAGAAAAUCAUUUAGUUAAGGAGUGGAAAGUACAGGUGUGGGUCAUGAGAAAGAAUUUUUUUUUCCAUGAUGGAAAAGUGUUGCCCAGAAAAUCUUGGGAAGAUGACUCAACUAGCCUUGUGCAACCGGAACAAUCUUGAAAUAAACACACUGAAAACCAUAGAAAUGGUGAUAGAUUUUAAGAGAAACCCUCCUAUUCUCCACCUCUUACAAUACUAGACAACACAGUAUCAACAGUAGAGAUCUUCACGUUUCUAGGUUCUAUCAUAUCUCAAGACUUUAAAUGGACACCUAACAUCAAAAACAUCAUCAAAGAAGCACAACAAAGAAUGUUCUUUCUGCGCCAACUCAGAAAGCUCAAACUGCCCAAAGAGCCGCUGAUUCAGUUCUACAGAGGAAUUAUUGAGUCUGUCAUCUGCACCUCUAUAACUGUCUGGUUUGGUUCUGCAACCCAACAAGACAGGCACAGACUUCAGAGGAUAAUUAGAACUGCAGAAAAAACAAUUGCUACCAACCUGCCUUCCAUUGAGGACCUGUAUACUGCACGAGUCAAAAAGAGGGCUGAGAAAAUACCUACAGACUCCUUACAUCCUGGACAUUAAUUGUUUCAACUUCUACCCCAGUGAUGGCUAAACUUUUCAGCACUGAGUGCCAAAACUAGAGCAUGUGCACCGGAGCGCUGGAGCUCCGGAACCCAAAAGAGAGCAGCUGGCCGGUGCACAUGCACACGGUGGCCAGCUGUUUUUCCGGGUUCCAUCACGUGCAUGGCGUGACAGCUGGUCUGGCGCACAUGGGCACCGGCCAGCUGCUCUCUUCUGGGUUCUGGCGUGCACAUGCACACCAGACAGCUGGUCUUCAUGCGGCGUGCACAUGUACACGCCGCAUCCCAGAAGAGAGCAGUUGGCUGAUGCACAUGUCCACAGAGAGGACUCUGCACACCAGAACAACUAGACAAAAGGACAGUUUUUUCCUGAAUGCCAUCACUCUGCUAAACAACUAAUUCCCACACCACUGUCAAACUAUUUAUUAAGACUGUAUUACUAUUCUUCUUCUCAUCCUUCCUAUUACCUCUCUCCUCCCACUUAUGAUUGCUUGUAUUUUUACGAUUUAUGUUGUUCUGUUUCCUAGUAUGAUUUAAUUGCUUAUUAGUAACCUAUGACUAUCACUAAGUGUUGCAUCUUAUGAUUCUUGAUGAAUGUAUUUUUUCUUUUUUCUCCUUCUAUGUACACUGACAGCAUAUGUACCAAAGACUAAUUCCUCGUGUGUCCAAUCACACUUGGCCAAUAAAGAAUUCAAUUCAAUUCAAUUCAAUUCCUGUUCCUGUUCCUGUUCUAUUCCUAAAGCAUCAGGCUAAGGUUUCAAUAAAUACAGCCUCAAACUUUAUCUCAGCUGAACUGAUUGGAUACAAUUGAUCAAACCCUAAGUUUGCAUGCUUUGUACUUUUGGUGUCCCCCUAUUUUUUUAAUCAUCAGAAUGGUUAAGUUUAUAAAAGCUCUGGAAGAUAGUAAAAAUGUAAAUUGUCACAUGAUGCUGCAUAUGGCCAUAAAUCAGGGCUGAUUGCCAAGCACCCAAAAUGAAUCCAUGUGAUUGUGGGGGGUGGAGGUGGGGUGGCCAUCAGAAUUUUGAAUCUGGGUCAUAUGUACCUUUUUUUGGGGGGGGGUGUCCCUUGUAACGUCAAACAUUUGCUAAGUGACCAAUCAUAAGUUGAGGGCUAUCUGUACUUUACCCAGAUAAAUAUAUGUUUGUAUAAUGUUGUGCCUUAUUUUAAACUGUACCGAAAGAAAAAUAUUAGUAAUAUGAUAUGCAUGAGGAAAUGCUUUUGAUCAUUCCCUUGGGGGUAGGCCAUUUUGGUUUACUAAUAAGCCCUAUUUCAUGCUGACAGUUAUUUCCUAUGUUCUGAUUUCGGGAGGAUUUGCACUGAUGACUUGUUCGUUUGUUUGCAUCAUAUCACAUUUAGGGUUUGCAUUGCAAAUCAAUAUUUUCUAAAAUUCUGAAAAAAGGGAUUUUCAUCUGAUUAAUCAUAGGGCAUUAUAGAAGGGCCAAAUCAGGUCCUUUCUGCCCAUUUCAGUUUCCUGUUAUAUGGUUAAAUGUGUCUAAUCACAUGUGGCCAAAUAAAAUAUUCUAUUUCUAUUUC